UCUGCUUUUGCUUCGGACGGACGUUAAGAUGAGCAAUCUCUACAAUGUACGGCUUUUGAAUAAAUUCAGUAGAAUCAGGGACGUACACGCAAGUCUAUAUUUUAAGAAGCGCGGUCAUCUACUUAAAUGGAAACCUAAUGAAUCGAUUUUAGACGUUGGAUGUGGAACUGGUGAUCUAUCCUAUAAGUACAUCUACCCUAUGCUGCCCAAAGAUUUUUCCCGAUUUGUCUGUACGGAUAUCUCAAAAACUAUGCUUCAGCAAGCCGAACAGCAAUUCAGUGGCAUUCCCAAAGUGCAAUUUGAUAUUCUGGAUAUAGCUAGCGAAGUAGAAGGCCAAAUGAAGUGUACUUUUGAUCACAUAUUUUCCUUGUACUGUAUUGUGUGGGUUAGUGAGCAAAGAAAGGCUUUUCAGAAUAUCUAUGACAUGCUGAAGCCUGGUGGAGAAUGUUUUCUGAUCUUUUUGGACAGACAUUUCGUUAUGGAUACAGUUUUUCAACUUUCUGAGAGACCAAAAUGGAAGAAAUUCUUUCCGGAUAUUAAUAAAACUCAUCCUUUUCCAUAUAGAUUUGAUUCUAAUCCAGUCAAAACUAUUACGGAUAUGAUGAAGUUGAUUGGAUACGUCAAUAUAAAAGUUCAUUUAGAAAGGACGAAUUUUGUGUUUCACAGUGCGGAAGAGUAUAUAGGGUUCAUCAAAGCCAUUCCUAAUCCUCUAUCGUUGAUGACAUCAGAAGAACAGAAAAAUUAUUUAAAAGAAUCCGUUGAACUGGCUUACGACCUGAAAAUCAUUCAGGAAUCUGUAGGAGAUUAUGAAACUGGUAGAUUUCUUGUGGUAUAUGGAGAGAAAUAA